AUGUCAAAGAUAUUUAAAAAGCUCUAAAAUACUAUGAUAACAAUAAAAAACGAAACAGUUCAUUAGUUUGAUAUUUUUGGACAAUUACCAAGCUUUACAGUAUUAAAUAAGAGUAGAUAUACUUCAAAUUUUGGAUUUUUAAUGUCUUUAGUAAUUGGCUGUUUGGCCUUAUAUUAUCUAAAUUCUGAGAUAGUUUCAAUGAUUCUUAAAUAAAUGCCUAGCAUUUAUUAAUCGGAAAUUCAAGUAGUUGAGACUGAAGUAUAUUUUUUAUUGAUUUUUAGGAGUAUUCACUUACUAAUAAAAAUUUCACACUAGCUGUGUCCAUUGCUAGCUAAUUUUCUGAACCAAAAUAAGGAAUAAAUAAAUAUUAUCGUCUAAACAUUAGCUAAUGUAUAAGACAGAGAAUUAAAGAUGAAUAGACAGGCAACACUACUGUGUUACUAAAGUAUAGUAUUUUAGUUAAACUUUUAGUUGUCAAGAUAUUCCAAUUGAAACAUGUAAUAUGUCUCAUUUUAGAACUGAAUUACAGAAAGAGUAUUUUUCCACGAUUAGAUUCGGCACAGUCUAAUGCAUUAACAGUGAAUAUCUAUAAUAAAAUCCACUUGUAAUUAUAUCAUAAUUAUAUAUAAGAAGUUGUAAGGAUAGUUUAAUGCUCAAACUUAUAAAUAUUUGAUAAUUAGAUUUAAACCUUGUCACAACACAACUGAUUUUUAGGGAUGUGCUCCUCAAGAAGAGAUUAAUUAAGUUUUAGAAUAAGGAUAAUAUAAUGUAUAUAAAAGCGAUUUCUUAACUUAAUUUGAAUCUAGACAACCAUAUCAAUAAAUAAUCACAAAUGAAUUCACUAGUUUUACUCUAAGUACAUCUAAAACUAUUGUACAUUCAUAUAGAAUCAUGCAAACCUAAACAGAUCAUGGAUUAAUUUGGGAAGAUGAUAGUUAGGAUGUAAAUUUGUAAUAAUCAGAAUGGAGAGAAGUUUCUGAAUUCUAUAAUCAUUAAUAUUUGGUUUGCCAUUACAUUAAAUUAGAUUUUAAAUAAACCAAUAUUAAAAGAACUUAUAUUAAACUCCAAACUAUUCUUGCUAAAAUAGGAGGAAUCCUAUAAAUUUUAACUAUGAUUGUAGGAAUAUUUCUUAAACCUUUAAUUGAUAAUCUAAUGAAAUUUGAGAUUGCCUCAUCUCUAUACAGUUAUGAAGAUGAUUUACAAGACUAAAUAUCUUCAUCAGGUUAAAUACUUUCAAUUGAAAGGGAAAUUUAAUCUCCUUCUAAUAAAUUACCAAGUUUUUGUUCAAUCGAUUAAAACACACAAAAUAAAGAAUCAAAAAAUUAAUCUUCUUGUUUUUAAAAUCUUCUAAUAAUAUUUGGUUUUAAAAAAUUUUAACAUCAACAAUUUUGUAAAGCAAAGAAGAAAAUAAUAAAGAAUCUAGACAUUGUUACAAUUCUAAAAAAAUUACAAGAUUUAGAUUUAAUCAAGAAGAUAUUAUUGAGUAGAGAAUAAUUAGAACAAUUAAAAAGAAGACCUAGACCAAAAAUUUCUGUGAAAUUAUAAGAUAGUAUCAUAGAAAAAUCCUUACAUCAUCAUGAUCAAUUAAGUAGUAAUUCAAAUUUAUUCCCUCAACAAAUUUUAAAUGUUGCUCAACCAUAAUAAACAAUUAAGAGUAUAUUUAGAACUUAUAUCGAAAGUCAAUUCUUGUAAUAUCUUCAUAAUUCCUAAACAUAAUCAGAAAUUAGAGCUGUUGAAAAAUUAGAAUAAAUUAAACAGAAUCCUGUAGAAGAGCAAAUAUAAUCAUCCCAUUAAAUAUAAACUAUUAAUUUGAACAAUCCUAUUAAUAAAUCACAAUAGAUAGAUAAAAAAUUCAACUUAGAAGUUUCAAUCGAAAAAUGA